GUGCCUCCGGUUGCAUAAAUGGAAAACUCAAACAAGUUCAUAGUCACGCUUGUAAAUUCUACCAGAAUUCCGACCGGACCAGCACCGCCUCAUUGUGCCGAACCGAACUAAGCUGAAUUGAUCUCUUUCACUGAAAGACUACACCCCUCCAGCCAUGGCUUCCCCUGGCAGCAAGAAGCUUACAGGAUUGGUGGCUGCAACUUUUACCCCCCUCACCCCGGAAGGUGAGAUUAACCUGCCGAUGAUUGGGCCAUACAUUGACUUCCUACUAGAGAAACAGGGAGUGCGGAAUGUAUUUGUGAAUGGGACAACUGGAGAGGGGAUGUCUUUUAGUGUGGAGGAGAGGAAGAGGCUGGCAGAGGAGUGGUGUCGAAGGGGCAAGGGCAAGUUGGAGCAGGUGAUUGUGCAUGUAGGCUGUAUGAGCCUGAAGGACUCUCAAGACCUGGCAUCUCAUGCAGCUGAAGUUGGGGCUGAUGGGAUAGCAGUCAUUGCUCCCUCUUUCUUCAAGCCUUCAGAUGCAGAUGCACUCAGGCAGUUCCUACAGGAAGUGGCAGCCUCAGCUCAAGGCCUUCCAUUCUACUACUAUCACAUCCCAGCACUGACUGGGGUCAACUUGCGUGCAAGAGAUGUGGUAGAAGGCAUUGAGAAGUGUAUUCCCUCUUUCCAUGGGUUGAAGUUCAGUGGCCAAGACCUGCUUGACUUUGGACAGUGUGUCAGUUACAGUCAACCUCACUGGUCACUUCUGUAUGGCAUGGAUGAGCAGUUGCUGGCUGCUCUGGCUUUGGGUGCCAAUGGUGCAGUGGGUAGUACAUAUAACUACCUGGGCAGCAAAGUGAAUAGUCUGCUGUCAGCCUUUGAUAAAGGAGAGCUCUCUCAAGCCAGGAAUCUGCAGUUCCAGGUACAGGAUGUUCUGUCCCAUGCAGUGAAGCAGGGUUUUGAUGUGGCAGUAAACAAGCAGCUGAUGAGCGAGGUGUCGGGAUUGGCCCUUGGACCCCCCCGCCUGCCCCUGAAGCCCUGCCCCCACCCCCGCGUCCUCUCCAUCGCACAGAAAGUUCAGCAGGUCCUCUGAAAGCAUUUUAAUUGGAUGGGGAUGGGUCCACUACCCUGAUCAGAUUGCACAAGAUCCAUGCAUACACCGAAACACUGAUUUUCAGUGUAGUCCUUCCACAUCGCUAUGCACAAAGACACCUUCCACUCUCGGGGAACAGCCAUUUGACUGUUACUUCAUUCUUCUGUACUGUAAAACUCACUGUGCUGACUGUAUAUCAUCACAAGGGACUGAGAGAGAGAUUACAUCCUGAAUUAAGGUAGCCAUAUCUAAGCACGCUGAUGAAAUCAUUGGACUCCAUCCAUCUGACUUGUUUUCUGUUCGUAGAAUGAUUUGAUAUGUAUACACUUCUAGAUUGUUAAAGUGGUUGCAGUUGCAUAAUGAAACACUGGUAUGGGACAGAAAGGGCAGUGUCUAUGGUGACUGACAUCUACCUCUCAGGCACAGGGCUGUCAACAUGGACAAACAUUUUAUAACUUCAUACAAGGGAAAAAUAACAAUUUAUUGUUUACUGACUAAUGAUAGCUGAUGAU